AUGGGGAUAGCUAAGGGCAAGGGAUGUUUGGGGUUUAGAGAUUUGGCUAGUUUCAAUUUAGCACUCCUUGCUAAACAGGCUUGGAAAUUGUUACAAAGCCCCUACUCUUUGGUUGCAAAGAUAUUCAAAGAGAAAUAUUUCAAGAACACCUCUAUCACAGAAGCUAAAUUGGGGAAUGCCCCUUCUCUGAUAUGGAGGAGUGUUUGGAAUUCUUUUGGCUUAUUGAAGGAGGGGCUGAGGUGGAAAGUUGGGGAUGGUGCAAAAAUCAACAUAUGGGGUCAAAAAUGGUUGUUUUCCCCCUCAACCUUUUGUGUUCAAUCCCCCAUCUCAAUCCUGGAUGCAAAUUCAAAAGUUAGAGAACUGAUUGAUGAUGUUUCAAAGGAUUGGAAUGAAGGCCUAAUCAAGUCUAUUUUCAAUAAAGAAGAAGUUGGAUCAUAUUUGUAG